AUGCAGUCUCCUGAUGGAAUUUUCUCAUUACAAGGACAGGAGUUGUCAAAUCUUCAACAAAACAUCAGCACAGAGGAUGAGGCGAAUUUGUCAUCAAGGGACGAAGCUGGACGCAAGAGUUUCCCUUUGUUCUUAUCUGGGGAAGACAAUUCACCAGUCAGUUUUGCUCAAUCUUCUGGAAAUGUAAGUUCUCAACAAAGUUCCUGA